ACUGAACAACAAUGCAGUUCACAUCGGAAGAAGCAUAUGCUCGGCUUAUAAGUCAUAAUAUGACUGUGCCACAAAGGAUCAAGGCUACAGGUGAUAUUGUUGACGAAGAAAAUACACCUAAUGGAUUGGUGACUGGCUGGGAUUAUGCAAAUGAGAAAUUUGACAUGAAGGUUCCAGAGAGGAUCUUAGUUGUCGGCCAGGAUCAGCAUAUAGGUACUAAAGCCCCACCCAGAGAAAUACAACUAGAUAAUGCUGUAUUGCCUACUGACCCGGGUAUGAUUCGUGUGAGUACACCUCCACGUGUUAUCACCCUUGACCAACACUACUUUCCAUCUGCUGAUGACUUUCCAGCGGAUAUCCCAAAUUCGCCUCCAAGGAACCUAAGGAGCUUUAGAUCACAAGGUGAUGGAGCAAGAUCCACAACACCUCGGCCUGAUAACUUCAAUGAAUCAACAAUGACUGAAUCACGCCUUGUGCUGAGAGACCCUACUCCUCCAAUGGGACAUGGUGAAGGUCUCUCUACAGCAGAAGAGAUGGUACAUCUACGACGACAAAUUGUCAAAUUGAAUCGACGCGUCAUGGCAAUAGAAGCAGAACAACUUCAGAGACAGCAAAAGGAAAAAAUUGCAUAUGCUAUUGGCAUUGCCUAUUUGUUGUUCAAGGUUAUUGCUUGGCUGAAUAGAUCCUAAUUUUUUGAUUAUGCAGUUGUAAAAUGAAGUUAUUAUGAUGUAUUUUUUGACUUCAUGAAAUUAUAAUCAUAACCAUUUUAUAAAUGGCAUGUCAAAUAGAAAUAUUACAUUAUAAUGUAGAGGGUAUCACAAAGUGGAGUGUUAAACAUUAUGAUUUCUAGAAUAUAGGUAACAUUUUUUUAUACCAUAUUGUACAUUUUAUUAUUACAUUGUACAGUGAUUCUUCAUUCUACUUUCAGUAUAGAUAAUGCUGCAUUUGAUCUACUUGUUAUGAAGUUAUGUGACCUUUACUUUUAGUAUAUAUAGAUGAAACAAUGGGUCAUUUUUAAUUUAAAUAAAUGGUUCCCCA